CUCGAUGUGAAAAGACAACACUUAGAACGACCAGGAAAGAAUUUAGAGCGUAUUUCAAAGUAAAAAAAAAAAAUGGUUCAAAACUCGGACAACUGUCUUCGUCGUAAACGACCUUCAACUUGUAGGCGAUCGCAAAUUAACGGUGGGAAAGAAAAAAAUAACAAUAUGAAGGUUGUUGUGCGAGUAAGGCCUGCGAACGAGAUGGAACUCUUCAAACAAACUUCCACGGCUGUUCGUGUUAUGGACGAAAGAAUGCUGGUUUUUGAUCCAAAAGAUGACUCUGUAGACUAUCUGUCUGGCGAUCGACCCCGAAGGCAACCACGAUUCUUGACGCGAAGAGCGAGGGAUUUGAGAUUUAUGUUUGAUCGAGUGUUCGAUUAUGAGUCCAGUAACCGUGAGGUCUUCGAACACACAACUAAAACGAUCGUAGAUGGAAUUCUUGGUGGUUACAACUGCACUGUGUUCGCCUACGGAGCGACAGGAGCAGGAAAAACAUUCACAAUGUUAGGAGAUCAAUCUAAUCCUGGAGUGAUGUUUCUGACGAUGAUGGAAUUGUACAGCAGAAUCAACGCUUGCAAGGACGACAAGGUCUCGGACGUAGCUGUCUCGUAUCUUGAGGUUUACAAUGAAACAAUCAGAGACCUUUUAAUGCCUGGAAAGCCUCUGGCUGUGAGAGAAGAUCCGCAAAGGGGGGUGUGUGUCAGUGGCCUUACACUUCACAAGCCAACUUCUGCUGAAGAGCUGCUGGGAAUGCUGGAGUUUGGAAACAACAACCGCACCCAACAUCCCACAGAUGCAAAUGCACAAUCUUCAAGAUCUCAUGCUGUUUUUCAGGUGUUUGUUCGACAAAAGGACCGAACUGCAGGAUUGCAAGCAAACUUUACCAUGGGAAAGAUGUCCUUGAUUGACCUGGCUGGGUCAGAGAGAGCAAUAGUGACAUCCAACAGAGGUGAACGAUUCCGUGAGGGGGCAAACAUCAACAAAUCCUUGCUUGCUCUUGGCAACUGCAUUAAUGCACUUGCUGAUAAAGAGAACAAAUCCGGGCACAUUCCAUACAGAGACAGCAAACUGACAAGACUUCUAAAAGAUUCCCUUGGAGGAAACUGCAGAACCGUUAUGAUAGCAGCAGUCAGUCCAUCAGGUCUAAGCUAUGAAGAUACAUAUAAUACUUUAAAGUAUGCAGAUCGUGCCAUGAACAUCACAUGCAAGGUGGUGAAAAAUGAAGUGUCAGUGGAGAUGCAUGUUAGUCGAUAUGCAAAGAUUGUAGAGGAGCUACGACUUGAGAUUUCUGAGCUGAAAAAGAAGCUUUUUAGUAAUGAAUCCAGACCAGUUGUACCAAGCAAAGCUGCAGACUCUACUGUACAGACAGAAGAAAUACAAAGGUUAUGCUCAAGCUUAAAGAGUGUCAUGAAAGAAAGAAUGGCCGUGAGGAGAAACAUAAUAGAUGUCGAGGCAGCUGAGAGGGAUCUUCAAAUGAAACUCUAUAGAAAGGAACGUUCCUUAAAAAGAUUGCAGUUUGUGUGUGUUGAAGGGCAGAAACUUAAUGAGGCAUUGUCUAAAGCUGAAACAUGUCAGUCUGCAACUAAGUCCAAGCAAAAAUAUCUCAUCUUCAAAAAGUCUGACUUUGAAGAACAAAUAGCAAAAAACACCAAGUGGUUGGACAGAAUAAAAUCAGAGAUGACUCAUCUUGACUCUGACGUGGGUGCAAAAACUCAACUUGAACAAUGCCAGUCAGUAGCUCAGUCACAGCUGGAUAAUAUGGAGCUGAAAAGAAGCUGUCAGCUUUAUAAGAAACACAUUCAUGCUUUGGAAAAAGAUGCUCAGAGUACAGAGAGACUGGUUGAAAAGUUGCUAGGAAUGGUACAGAAGCAGUUUCUCAUUCUAAAAGGUGUUGGCCUCACAACCCAAGAGCUGACAGAUGAAUACAACAAUAUUAUUGAAACAGUUGAAAAGGGCCGUGAGGUGACAUGGGCUGAUCAAAGCACAUUGAAUGAUGGUAACAGCUUUGAUAAAACAUCAUUUAAUAUAAGCUUUCAGCUGCCAACCACUGGAACACCACUGUCCAGAACACCUAUCAGAAAACGUCAGUUCAACACACCAGUCAGUAACAUUGUUGACAUGACACCUUGCAGAAGCACUUAUAAACAUGAAAAGAUAAUCAGAACCACUUCUCAGCCAACAUUGGAGAAUUCAGACACAGGGACAAAUACCUGCAUUUCUUUGACUAGAGAAUAUGAGAUCACACAGUCACUGAGAAAUGUAAUACACUCACUGGAAGGAGAGUGUGAAAGACAGAAGACAGCAACACCAGGUGUAACUGGCAGCAUUCCAAAGGACCAAAAAUUGGCAACACCUUUGAGAGUUCCAUCAGCUGUGCCAUUUCUACCUUUAAACAGUAACAACUUUUUAAUGUCACCAGCAAUGUUUCACAACAAGAAUGGUGCAAAUAAGCAAUCAACAUCUGCGUCAAGAAGAGCAACUCCCCAUCCCAAAGUCGGUUGGACUGAAAGUCCUGUUGAAACAAAGUCCCCCUCACCAACAUAUAAUACUGCACAGAACAAUCUUGGUAAUAUCUCACCUGUAAGAGUCUCUACUGACUUAAAUUUGUCUGGAAUACAAGCUCUGGAUGUAACUCCAGCAGAUAAAAAUCCACAAAAGGAUGCAAGGCAGAUUACACCACCACUGAGAAAUUGUGCCACAACACCACUGAAAGAACUGUCUGUAAAUACAGCAAACAAUCUGAAAGAUCAGUUGCCAUCUGUGCUGAGUCAAAGUAAUCUUUUGAAACAAGAAAAAUCAAACUGCAGCAAGGAAGUGAAAAACAUGCUGCCAAAGAGAGUUUUCAGUGCUACAAAAGAGAAUGUCCAAGCACUCAGAGGGCCAUCAAGAUCAUCUAGUGCCUUGCAGCUGGACAAGUUACAUUCUAAGAAAGUGAAGAAACAUUUCAAUGGAUUGAGAAGGGCAAUGAGCAGCACCACUAUUGGAGCAGCCAGAAACUUUGCACCACGUACAUCAGCCAUUUACCAGAACUUACCAAAAACAAAGAUUUGAUUAAAAUGCCUAAAAGAGGGAAUUCAAGAUCUUUCACAGACAGACCAAGAUGGCAGUAGAAAUAAUUUUGCAAAGCAAAAUAAUGCUGAUCAUUAAUAAUGGUAUCCCUUCUAUAAUUUGAAUGUAUAUAAACUUUGAACUUUCUUUGGCCUACAAAACCAACUGUAUUUUAGACUUAAUUAUCUUCAGUUGUAAAUUUUUUUUUCACUGAGUAAAGUACCUCAGAUUUUGCAGAAUUUAGGUAAUGCUUUAAGUGAGGUUGUUCACAAGUUGAAAGCAUUUUAAUUUUAUUGAUGGGCAGCAUGUUUAUCAAAUGCACAGAGGAGAGGAAUUUGGCAGAAAUGAAGUGAAUGCACCAUUUUGAAUGCCAUUUUGCUUAAGAUAUUUUUAAGCACUAAAUGGUUAAUUUUAAAUGUUUCUUUUAUUAAGAAGAGUAAAUAGAGCUGAUGAACUGUAGCUAGACAAAAAAAAAUACAUUUAUAUAAAACUAACAAAAUGAAUCCUUUGUUGAAGUCAGUUGUACAAACCAAGAAAAUAAAAUUACAAUGUUACAAAAAAUUACAAUGCCUCCCCCUUCCUUUAAAAGUAAAUUAAGUGCACUAGUGGAAAAAAUGAUUAUUAUUUGUUUGCUGGCUUACUAUCUCUAAAUUUACUGACUGACAUUCUAUGAGAAUGUUGGAAUUGUCCUCAAAGUUUAAACUGCGAUGUCCAUGUGUGUGCAAAGUUCCUUCAACCACAAACUCUCCCACUCAAACUUUGUGGCAAUUUAAUAGCUCUGCAAAGUGUUCAUGCUUGCUAAAAGUGCUGAAAAUUUAAUUUGCUCCUGUGUCUCAAAAGUCCCCGUAACUCAACGGGCCUGAAGCCAUGUUUUACAAUCAAAAUCUAAAGGAUAUGAGAGCAGGUUCUGGCACCCAAACCAGUCCUUUUUGUUUCUUUAGCUGAUCGUUUGAAUGUAUCAUUUUCAAAACUUUU